GAGCGUGGCCGAGGUGCUUCGGGAGCUGGACCAGGACGGCUGCCUCUCCGACCUCGAGCACGUGCUCAACUCCGACGAGGUCGACCUGCCCCGCCUCCUCACCGUCGCGGGCACGCCCGAUGUGGUUGGCCUGCUGGCGCGCUGGGCGUCCCGCACGGACAGCGUGGGGACCAAGCUGCGGGUCGUGGACGCGAUGCAGCGGGUCCCGGACUUCAUCUUCGACGGCCACUGCUCAGGUGUUGUUUUACAAGUGGCCUCGGCAUAA